GAUGUUGUUGUAGGCUGGUUUCUGAUUUGAAAAGCUCCAAAAGAGAGCAAGGAAGACGGCGAAGAGGACGUGCCAAACCGCCUCUCUCUGCUUUUUACUUCCUGGUCCUCCCUGGCUGGCUGCUGUCAGGUGUGUGACGUCGUGCGUUAGACCCGCCCCCGAGCGAAAUGCCAAGAAUAUAGAGCGUCCAAGUGCCAAACAGUCAUGGGGACAGUCAGCUGAGCAAGCGAGCAAAUAAAAUGGUUAUUACUCCAUUUUAGAGGUCAAUCUUUGCUGGAUUUUUAUAUAGUUAUAGUGAUGUCUCGUCACGUCUUUGUUGGAGAUGCAGAAGCUGAAGAACCGCUACUUGCUAAUGCUCACCUGGAAACCAAUGUGGACUCGGAUGAUGGUGAAGUUAUUUUUGACAGAACAGUCAGCACAAAAGUGGAGUGUGUCAAGAAAAAAUAUACUUUUGAGGAAGCAGUGGAUGAAGCGGGUUUUGGGUUGUUCCACUGGCUGCUGUUGGUGGUGUGCGGUUGGGCCAAUGCCAGUGAUGCCGUGGAGAUCAUGUGUGUGUCUUUUUUGCUACCGACCGCACGCUGUGACCUGAGACUCUCCUCCUCAGACAUGGGCAUCCUGACAGCCAGCAUCUUCCUGGGGAUGAUGGUAGGAGGCUACAUGUGGGGUUACUUGGCAGACCAGAGGGGGCGCUGUAGAGUCCUGGUGGUGUCCCUAAGUGUGAAUGGUGUGUUCGGAGGUCUGGCCAGUGUAGCUCCGGGCUUCUGGCUUUUCCUUCUGCUGCGGUUCAUCAGCGGAAUUGGGGUUGGUGGUUCAAUUCCUGUUAUUUUUUCAUACUUCUCUGAGUUUUUGCCCCGUUUGAGGCGAGGGGCGAUGAUCAGCGCUCUGGCCACUUUUUGGAUGGCUGGAAACAUACUGGCAGCAGGUCUGGCUUGGUGGGUUAUUCCACAAAAUUGGGCUCAUUUUGAGAGCUGGCGAUUGUUCGUGGUCCUCUGCUCUGUCCCCAGUCUCAGCUCAGCUCUGCUCUUCAAAAUCAUGAUGCCUGAAAGUCCCAAGUUUCUCAUGGAGGCUGGAGAGGAGAAGGAGGCAGCUUGUGUCUUUCAGCUGAUGUUUAAGUUGAAUACAUGGGGUAAAGGAAAGAAAAAGCAAUUUGCCCUGUGUGUUACUACAAUAAACGACAACAGCUCAACACCUUUACAGAAAGAACAACUCAUCGAUAUUUACAAAAAGGCUCUGUCUCCUAUCAGAGAGAUGUUUAAAGGCGUCUUAAGGACCAGGAGUACAGCUUUACUCAUUGUGUUCUACUGUAUUUCCUUUGGAUUCUAUGGCCUUUGGAUGUGGUUUCCAGAGCUGUUUAAAAGAGUGGAGGACGGAGGCUCCCCUUGUGCAAAUGUGUCCAGGUCUUACUCACUUCAGAAUGAGAGCUGUUACCCGGUGAAGACAGCAAUUUACAUGGAGGGUUUCUUCAUCGCUGCAUCUAAUCUACCCGGAAACAUCUUCACCAUCUUGAUGAUGGACAGCAUCGGAGGAAAGGCACUUCUAUCCGGCAGCCUGAUGCUGUCCUCUCUCAGUGUGUUCCUGAUAUUUGUGGUGCAGACCAAAGCCCACAGCCUGCUGCUGUCCUGUGUGUUCAGUGGAGUCUCUGUCAUCUCCUGGAACGCUCUGGAUGUGAUGGGCACAGAGCUCUACCCCACUCACCUCAGGUCGUCUGCUCUGGGUUUCUUCACUGGGGUGGGCAGAGUAGCAGCGAUUAUGGGUAAUGUAGUUUUUGGGCGUCUGUUGGACUCGCACUGUGCUGUCCCGGUGCUGCUGGUGUCUGGACUCUUGCUCACCGGAGGACUCAUCGCUCUGCUACUACCACAGACCAAACAGACCGAGCUAACGUGAACUCUCACCACUACACUUAAAGCUCUGAUUUAGGCUAAUAAGAGGUCCACAUUUUUCUGCUACAGACAAGUUUAACUCAAAAGUGCAUAUGACAGGUGUUCAUGUUUUUUCUAACUCUGACCUGGUUUGGUGGGAUAGUUCCUGUGCUAAAUAUUUCUCAUAGUUUUACGUCAGUCAGACUGAAUCUGUUAUCAACACUAAGAUUUCUAUUCAAAAUGAAGAGACAAUUUAUCUUUCAGUAUCUAUCAACAUUUCUCACAGUUUAAACCUUCAUUUAACAAAAUGUUUUCAUUUAUGUUUAUUUGUCUAUUCAUAACUAUUGUGAAAUUUAGACAAAUUUUGGCCUUUGUUAACAUUAUGGUUGCUAGGCAACAUAUAUUGAAUUACAUUUGUGCAUGUCAUAUCUGCUUCCAGGAAAUAAAAUUAUAAAAUAGAAAAAUGUAGGCAAGAUUUGCAAUAAAGUCUUAAAUAAAAAAUAAAUAAUAAUAAUAAUAAUAAAAUUAUGUUAACUAUGUUAUAGUUAAAUAAGCAAUCUAGCCUGUCAUCUGCACUUUGAGUCACAUGCUUCAAACGCUCCGCUUUUGUGCCUUGAUAAAAAUAAUACAGUAGACUAACGCAGUAAGUCUAACGCGUCUUAAAAAAAUCUAAUUUUGUAAUUGUUUUGCUCAGUGAAAUGAUUAAAUGGAAUUAAUUUAGUAUUAAAAACUAGAUGAAUAAUUUCAGUCAUUUGUUUAAAGGUGUAGUAUGUAACUUUCUGAAUGUAGCACAUUACCUAUAAUUCCAGGGAAAGAGAAAGUUAAACCCACUUGUAGAGACACGCCACAUACAGGUACUUUAAUGUUUUAAUGAAAACACUCCACCACCUAACAUCAAGUUUGAAUGAGACUUGAUAUUUGCCUUAUGUAGAUUGAGCAGUGUCAUAAUGUCUUAACUGGAGCAGCACAAUAUGACAAUGUGAAGUAACACUGUUUAGUUUCUGUUAUGCCUCAGUGUUUGAGACCAAACUAAAAUUUAGAUUACUACAGUUUAAAAUAUUUACUCGUGCUUUUUGGCUUGAAAUAAAAACUGUAUCUCAACAAAGCUAAACUGGGACUAAAUGGAAGAAAACAUAACUACAAAUCUGACUUUUACAUUUAAAGAAACACUUAUUGCAGUAGUUAUGUUGGAUUAUUGCACUAAUAUGGCUGCAUUUGUCUACGCUGGUCUGUGUUGUAUAUCUGUGCUCUGAAAGGCCUUAUUUUUAACUAUUUAUGGUGCCUAUAUGUAUUUGCACAAUAGCUCAUUCCACACAUUUCGUAAAUGUCCAGAAUACCAAAGCAUAUUGUUGUAAUGAAAUUAUAUGAGUUUUGUUAAAAUAAAGAUAUUUUGUAUGUU